GCUUUCAUAUUUCGAAGGCUUCGCUCCAAAACCCUGGACGCCAGUAGAGCUUCUUCAUAUUGCUUCUCUGGUCCGCAGGCAUACGUCUUCCCCUCGUCUUUCUUCGGGACUCGGGGUAGAUUCCGCUGUGGGCGUCUCAAGGCGUGGCCGUGUGGAUCGUUAACCAGAAUGUAUUUCUAGGGGAUAGUAGUUUCGAGUCUUGUGAUCAUUUAGGGAUCAGGUAAUGUAUGGCGUUGAUGCGAUAACGAAGCACUGGGAUCAGUAGGGUUUUGCGCUUACCUUUUCGUUCAUUACAUUCAAGAUUUAAGAUAUCAUUCUUUCUCAAGGCUGCAAAUGGAACUCCUGAAGAUAUUUUGAUAUGCAUAUUAGAGCAAGAAAUAGGAUCAUGUUAAAUUUAUCUGUUCGCUGUCAAGGUUUAUUGCUGAUUUUUUAUAUGUUGGAACAUUCUGCCCUUGAGAAACUACAUAGUCGGCGAUGACUGAGCUAAUGGCUGAGGUUGGUUCGGAGCAAGAAACGACAGAGCUCUCUGAAAAUAAUGAGACUGAAGUAGAGGUUGAAGGUAGGGACUUAUUAAUGAAGGAGAAUGAUACAGAUAAGCAGAGCUCUCAGCUGUCUGUGAAGGCUGGUAACUCUGAAUCCGUCGAGACCUCUGCAGAAAACAAUUUGGCUGAGAUAUCUGAUAAGACUGAUGAUACACUGACCGAGAAGCAAGUUUAUGGCGCACUCUUGGAGAAGAAAACUGAUGAGACACUCUUGAACAAACAAACUGAUGGUCUGGUCACUGUGACAAUGGCUCAAAUUGACACUGGUUCUGAUCAAAUAGGUGGUUUAGGUUCUCCAUCUACACUGCUAGAAAAUAAGACAGCAUCUGUAAUGACACAUGUGAAGGAACCUCAUGCAGAAGAUAAUCACACCAAAACCUACUUGAAUGAUGAAAAUACUGGAGGAGAUUGUUCGACCCAGUCAUCUACCUUUAACCCCUACUUUGAUGGCAAUCUUUCUGGAUCUGAGGAAGAACAAGCUUCUUUCUUGAAGGAGCUGGUGAGUUUCUAUAAGAAAAGGAGGAUGGUGUUCAGACCACCUAAAUUCUAUGGACAAACACUGAAUUGUCUCAAGUUGUGGAGAAUAGUAAGUAGAUUGGGCGGUUAUGAACUGGUGACACAAUGUAGGCUCUGGCCUGAGGUUGGACUGACUUUCAAGCCUCCCAAGACUUUUACAACAGUGUCUUGGUCUUUCCGAACUUUCUAUGAGAAGGUGCUCCUUGAGUAUGAGAAGCAUAAGUCCCGAACUGGUCAACGUAAAAAUCCCUUUAUACAUCUUCCAUCAUUUAUGAGGUUUGAAAAUCAGGAUGGGAAUUCAUCUAUUCUGAGGGAGGAUGAACAAGGUAAAAGCAUUGGCCCGUUUAAGAGGAGAAAACCUUACCAAGAGCAUGCAGCAAAAGUUGUGAAAACACUUGUUAAUCCACGAAAGACUGUAGAGGUUGCUGACUUUGGUGCCCCUGCUGACUGGGUUAAGAUUAAUGUGUUGCAAUCUAAUGAGUGCUAUGACGUGUAUGUUCUGGUCCCAGGACUAAUGAUUGGAGAGGUACAUAUUGAGUCGGAUCGUACAGGUUUUUUGAUCAUUUCUGGUCAGCCUGAGCAGCACGAUAAUCCUUGGGGUAUCACCCCCUUUAAGAAGGUCAUAAACUUCCCUUUACCGAUUGAUCCGCAUCAUACUACUGCCGUGGCUUUCUUACAUGGCCUGCUAUUUGUUCGUGUACCGAUUCAACGAAGAGUUGGAUGGCACUGCGGAGUUUAGGGUUUAUAAAGAGAUGAGAAUUUGGGGGGACUCAUAACAAUCGAUCACUUACUACAGUACAUGCAUUACUGCCUUCAACUCAAUCGCUGAAAUUUGAUUCUUGGGCCGAGUUGAAGACGGAAUGAUGUUGAUUUCUCGACUGCGUAGCUGUUAAGAGAGUCGAUCUUCUUCAGGUUUUGGCUGCUUGUUAUUUGGUCCUCGAAACAGUUUAUUGCUCUCAUAUUCUGCAUGACAUUUAUCCAGUAUCUCAAGUACUCUAUCUAAUUCAUGAAAUAAUCGAGUGCUGAUGUAUGAGUUUUGAA